CCUUCUGGAACCCGCGUGUAUAAGUUUUCAGUUUUUCAAGACAGAAUUCCUUGUCAAUGUCAUCACUCCAUUCCAUUUCCUUCAUUCCACCCUAUCUCUUCCUCAGCGCUUCACAGAGUUCCUACUUCUGAUGUCUACAAGCAUGAACAUCAUCAAUUGAAUAAUCUUGUUCUUCCUCUUCAGAUUUAUAAACCUAAAAAUGUCAGGUGCCCGGAAUACACACUGGUGCUACCAAUGCCUUGAACCAGUUCGUCUCCAAGGUCGCAAUCCAAUUUGCCCUUAUUGCUCUGGAGGAUUCGUGCAAGAACUGAAUGAGGAUUUCAGGCCUUUUCAUGGACACGAAGCUUCUGAUUACGGAUUCUUGAACCCAUUCCCAAACCCUAGAAACAGAAUCAUGGAUUCCGGGUUCAUGGAUCCAUUCCCAAACCCUAGAAACAGAAUCAUGGAUGCCUUUGCUGAGUUGAUUAGACAACGAGUGAGCGAGAGAAACCCUAACUUAUUUGAGUUCUUUAAUGGAGUUCCAGUGGAUCCUAAUGCUAACAAUAUCUUAAUGGGGACUGGUUUAGAAGAUUUGAUUGAACAGCUUAUAGCUAAUAAUGGUAGACAGGGCCCACCUCCAGCAACCCAAUCUGCAAUUGACUCUUUGCCUGUUAUUAGGAUAACAAAUAGGCACCUUCAAAUGGAGUCUCAUUGCCCAAUUUGUCAAGAUAAGUUUGAUUUGGGGUGUGAAGCUAGGAUGAUGCCAUGUCAUCAUAUCUACCAUUCUGGUUGUAUUGUACCUUGGUUACUUGAGCAUAAUUCUUGCCCUGUUUGCAGGCUUGAGCUUCCUCCUCAAGGUACUGGUAAUAUCAGUAACAAUAGCAGUAACAGUAGAAACACGCAGGACAAUGACCAAAGUGAUGGGAGGAUGAACCCGUUGUCGUUUUUGUGGCCUUUUUAGUAAACUAAGAAAGUGAUUAUUGCUAUGCAAGGUAUUUCUAUAUGUUUAUAAUUAGUUGUGAGACGUGUUAUUAUAUGAGUUUAUUUAAAAAAAAAAGUUAAAUAUAAAAUUUUAAACAUUUAAGAAAUUUUAAUUUAUAAGGAAAAUAAUUAUGCAA